CACUGCAAAGCAGACAGAUUUCGGAACGGUUCGAUUACUACGGUCGAAUAAGCGUCCAACGUGCCAUAGAAAGCAUCUUCGUAAUCGACCACAAUCGGCCUAGUAUAUCUAUUUUCAACCUACUUAAUUUAUGAUUAAAUUUUGCAUCAACAGAUCGUUUUCAAUCAAUCUUAUCGUAUUUAGUGUCGGCAAACAUUGACUAUUCUAAAAAUGUGUAGUAGUACAAAUGGACAGAAGAACAUCCUGUUAACGCGCUAAAACACGACACGAUUAAUGGAACCGCGCUCAAAGGAUGCGAUCGUAUUAUUCCGUUUAAAUACAUACAGUUUAUUUGAUCUUCUUGCCUAGCCACCCAUCGUAAAAAUGUCUGGUUAUCAAUAUCUGUCCGAGGAAGGAUUUCGAGUGGAUGGACGACGCGCCUCAGAAAUGCGAAAGCUCGACUGCUCGUUAGGGGUAUUCACACAAGCUGACGGAAGCGCUUAUGUCAAACAAGGUAAUACUGUCGUGCUGGCUGCAGUAUAUGGACCCCAUGAGGUUCGUGGGGGUCGCGUCAAGGCACUCCACGAUAGGGCUGUUGUGAAUUGUCAAUUUUCAGCAGCGACGUUCUCAACAGCCGAACGCAAACGUCGGCCUCGGGGCGAUACGAAGAGCAUCGAAAUGACGCUCCACCUACAGCAAACAUUUGAAGCUGCGCUGUUGACUUCACUUUAUCCACGAUGCCAAAUCGACGUAUUUGUGGAGGUCCUUCAGGCAGAUGGCAGCCUUCUAUCGGUGGCUAUCAACGCUGCGACAAUGGCGCUGGUCGAUGCCGGUAUCGGGAUGCGAGAUUACGUGUGCGCCUGUAGUGCGGGCUUUUUUAACGACACCUCUCUACUUGACCUGAACAAUCUGGAAGAAAGCCACAAGGGUACCGGACUCACGGUCGCCAUCCUUCCAAAGAGUGAGCGGGUGGUCCUUGUCGAUAUGAGUUCCAAAAUUCACUCCGACCACGUAUCAAAGACGAUUGAAGCUGCAAUUAAAGGCUGUAAGGAUAUUCACGCCACGUUUGACGCGAAGAUCAAAGAGCGUGUCGGCAAUCUGGCUGCGCUCAUUAGUACAGAAAAUUAGAAAUGGCUCAAAAGUUUAUACUCCAAGGGUAAUCAUUAGUUAAUCCCUUACUGUCGAAGUAACCACGCUCUUUGUCAAACAUAAGCCAGUCAACUCAGAGGUAUAGGCUACACUAAUGAACCCACCAAUAUAUAAAAACGGAUGCUUAUAGUGUUUUUAAUAGAAAUGGAGCUUUACCCUCGUCCGAACACGGAUCGGAACUACUUUUCUAAAUAUUCCAUUGGAAAAAGGAUCAAGUGGUUCAACAGCAACAAAGACACAUAGUGUUCUAGUUUUCCUAAGCUGGAAUAUAAAUAUCCUGAAUUGCUCCUUAACAGUUAUUGAUAAUCUGACUGGAAUCAUGAAUAAUAUUGUCGUUGAAAUCUAGUUGAUCUGAAGUUGCGCUAUUUAAAAAAUUUACAUUCUUCUAUAAGCUUAAAAGUUCAACCAGGUGAGCAGUGUGACUAAUUACUAACUAUGAAGUUGGUUCGCUUUUGGAGUUUGUCAAACUUUAUCUAUAAAUAAUAAUCUUAGGAAUUUUCAUUCAGCAGCAACAACUAGACCUUGUUCUGUUUAGUAAGGUAUUCCUAGAGCAAUUCUAUGAAUUGGCUAAAGAAAUUGGCCGACUUUUAUGGCAGACUCCUUGAACGAUCCAUUAUUGCAAUAAAAGGGUGCUACGAGAAUUAGCUGGUAGUUAGCGUUUCAAUAAUUACACAAAUUGUACAAUAUGGUUAUAGAAUGGGUUAUAGAAGUUGUGUUAUCUAUGGACUAGGAUAUACUAUUCGAAUUUCUGGGGAUGCAGUGAAGUUAGAACACAGCCACAGAAGUCUGUAUAUAUAAAUAUGUUUGCCUUCCGAACCCACCAUUGUCGCUAAAUAAAAAUACAUGAAAUACUGUAAAUUUUAAAAUAUACUUUGUUCAACCGGCAUCUCCAAUAAU